GUUUGGACGAAGUUAGUAAUCGUUAUAAAUCGUCGCCCCCGGAUGCAAGUGGUGCAGUCCAGAAUCAAAAUGCCGCCAUGUUGAUGGCAUCACCUUUGUGGAAGCGGGAGCGGAUAAACAAUGGCCCUGAAGAAACCAGUGCCGGUCCAGACCUCUUCUUCCUACCGCCAGUCCCGCAAGAUCGCCAGACGAGAAGAUGAGGAGAAGCCGGAGGAGCUGCUGGUGUUCGGCUACGCCGCCAAGCUGUUCCGAGACGACGAGAAGGCCCGGUACCUGGACCGGGGGAAGCACCUCAUCCCGUGGAUGGGCGACACUAGUUUGAUGAUCGACAGGUACGAUGGACGGGGAUAUUUACAUGACCUUUCACAAUAUGAAGGGGAAUGGUUCUCCAAGCACAAACUGUCGGAGGAAGAGGCGCGAAUCGAAGCCCUCUGCGACGAGGAAAGAUACCUCGCGCUGCACAAAGACCUUCUAGAGGAAGAGGCUCGGCAAGAAGAGGAACAGAAGAGAUUGUACGAGGCGCUACAAGAGGACAACUCCUACCACUUCACACCGUACCAGUAUGAGGAGACACCUGGCUAUGAAGAGUACGACCCCACACAGCCUACUGAGGACGAGGAGAGCCAACCUGAAGGUCCAGAGGAGAAGCCUGAGGAACAAGACCCAGCGGAAGAGCCGUUCAUUGCCCCUCCGGAGUUACAGGUCCCCCCACAAAUGGAAAUGCCGGCGACAGUAAAAAUGCACCAGAUUAUCGAGAGAACAGCAACCUUCAUCAGCUCUCACGGGACACAGAUGGAGAUCGUGCUCAAGGCAAAGCAGCAUGGGAAUUCUCAGUUUGACUUCUUGACUUUUGAUCACUACCUGAACCCCUACUAUAAGCACAUGGUCAAGAUGAUCAAGGACGGCAAAUAUACUCCAAAGAAGAGUGAAGAAACCAAAGAAAAUAAGGAGCCAAACAGAGAAUCCCCGGUUGUCACUGCCACGACGGAGUCAGGCCCUGCCCAGGACAUGACUGACGAUAGCGAUGAGGAAGAUGACUUAGACGGCAGCGGAUACCUCCACCCCAGCCUGUUCGCUCCGAAGAGAACGCGACCGUUGCCCAGCACGACGUCGACACUGUCCACCGCGUACAGAGGGGCGGGUCCGCUGUCCACCUCAACAGCUGCUGCUUUACACCUGACGGGACAGUCUCAACACUUGCCUCCAGCUACUACCUCGCACAGUUCAGCAGAAGCUCCAGCCUACCAAGGACCAAUGGGCCUAAUGGUACCACCUCCCCCUCCCCCUGGAGUCAUGUCUGUGGAAGGUAUUCCUCCACCACCCCCUCCCCCUCCCCCCUUCCUGGCUUUCCACCCCGAUGCGAGCUAUGCACCACCCCCUCCCCCCCCCUCCCGGGGUGCCGCUGACGUGUGCGGCCAGCCUGCCUGCCCCCUCCUCCCCCACCCCCCUGGGGAGGACUCCCGGCCCGGUACAGGGGGCUCCGUGGUCACUACGGCUGGCACAGUGAAAGAGGAACCUUUGCUGCAAUCUCCUGCACUUCCAACAUUCCCGAACAUCGUUCCGCCUCCGCCGGACAUCCAGCCAAUCAUCGACAAGCUUGCCAAGUACGUCGCGAAAAACGGGGACGAGUUCGAAACGACGGUCCGCGCCAAGAACGACCCCAGAUUUGAAUUCUUGCUUCCGUGGCACGUCCACAAUCCCUACUACGAGUUCAAGAAGCUGCUGUACAGACAGGAGCUGGCGGGGGAGAACAUACCUGUCACCAUGUCCAAAAGAACCGUGACGGAGGACGGGGUCACUACCAUGACAACAGAGAGGACCACACUCGCAGCAGCAACCAAAGGAAAGAUUGGUCCCGUUAGUUUCUCAAUAAAAGCCAAGGAGCCUGAGAUGGUGCCCCUGGAGUCCAAAAGUGCCCUCCCCGCGGACGACAGCGAUGACGACUACGCAGACGAGUUUGCGGAGAUGGAGGCGGCGGCGGGCCUGCCGCUGGACAAUACCGGACUUCAGCAGGACGUGCCGCCACAGGAAGAACUGGCAGAAGACAGACCAAUCAGACCUCAGCUUACUCCAGAGGAGGUGGCAGCCAAGGAAGCCAAAGAGAGGCUUGAGAAGAAGCUGGCAGUGGCUGCGCGAGAGAAACUUGCAGCGACCAAUCGAGAGCGGCAACUACAGCAAGAACGGAAAAGACGGGCCGCCCUGUUCAUCAGUAUGCUCAAAACCACCCCGUCAGCAACUGUCAGUAAAGCUCCAGGCACAGCCACUACAGAAGAAGAGUUGGCUGCACAGGCUUACGCAGAGGUGUUAUCAGAGGAGGCGGCGGCAGGACAGGGAACGAUGUCCCCCCACUCCAGGUCCCUCUCUCCUCACAACAAACCAUCACGGUCACCACCUAGUGCCUACAAAGUUUCCAGUACCAGCAGUAGCAGGAAGAAAUACAGGUCAGAAAUUGGAAGGUCUCGAUCCAGGUCCAGAUCCAAGUCCCCUCAUCGCAAGAGGCAGAGGAGUUCCACACCAGAAUACAGACUCAGGGACUUACCCAAGGUCAAGCAAAAAGCAAGGUCACGGUCCAGAUCCCCCAAAUGGAAGGAAAUCAACCCAGCCAGGCCGACCAGGUCUGACAGUCCCAUCUUUAGUGAUAGAGAAGAAAGUUCCAGGGCAAGCCCCAAGGUUCCUUCUGCGCAAGGUUUGCCAGCGGGAAAUGGGAAUGGAGCCAGUGCUUCUGUUCAAGUUAGUGAUGAUCUCAGGGCGAAGAUACGUGCAAUGUUAGCAGCCAGCAAGCCUCCGUCAUAGCAGUCGCCCAUUCUGCACCUGAACACAGCUGCAGCUGUCUGUCACCUGCUCGUCAACAUCUCAGGAACUGCCUUCACCGCUCCACCCGUAGCAAGCACCUGCCAACAAGGGACGUCCUGCAAGGCUUUUUCUGUUUCUCACUAGCGUUUCUGACUUUAGUUUCUGAGCAUUGUGGACUGAAUGUAUUAGACAUCUCUCACAUGCUGCCUGCUAUACCGUGCAGUGAUAUGCUGUGGUAUAUUAUGGUUCACCAGUGAUUGUAAGGGCAGAGAAGAAGAAUUGUUUUAAAAUAGUUCUGAAAGUUUUUACCUGGAUAGGUUUUACUACAUUUGAAAUUGUGGCCAUGUACAACACCAGGUAUCACUGUACAGUAGGCAGGGUCUUCUAUAUUCAGUCCAGGGCUUGGUCAUACUUGUAACUUAUUUUAGGUCUUCAUUCCUUCCUCACUCGAGAUGUUAGAUAAUGUCUUUUCUUCUAGUUUCCCCAUCAAUGCUUAUGUAAGAUGUUUAAGUAUCAAAUUGAAGAAAAAAAUGGGAGGGGUGUGUUUGAAUGGGACAAAUUUCUGUAUAGUCAGAUGUCAAUAUGUAAGUUUCCUUCUUGCUCUCAGUGUACUCAUCUUAGCCUCUUGCCUUCUACUUGAAAAUGU